CAUGUUUGGCGGCCAACAACAGCGGACAGGCUUCGGCUUUGGCGCCGCUGGAGGUACGCCUGCAUUCGGGGCUCAACCCACGACGGGGUUCGGAGGAUUCGGAGCGGCCGCCGCAGCCCCCGCAGCCAGCGCAUCGCCGUUCGGAGCUCCUGCCGCGGCAUCCCCGUUCGGUGGAGGCGCCAAUACAACGCCAGCCUUCGGGUCGGCGUUUGGUGCCCCAGCUGCAACCACGGGUGCGUUUGGCGCCCCAGCCGCAACGACAAGUACAUUUGGCGCGCCAGCUGCAACCACAAGCGCGUUUGGCGCGCCAGCUGCAGGCACACCUGUGGGAUUUGGUGGGUUCGGUACAAAUACAGCGUCGUCUCCAUUUGGUGCACCUGCGCAACCGGCGGCCAGUCCUUUCGGCGCACCAGCAUCUGCUGCUGCGGCUAGCCCCUUUGGCGGCGGUAUGUUUGGAGGCACCGCCGCGGCCAAGCCCACAGGCUUUGGUGGCUUUGGGGCGGCAGCAACGUCGUCAACUCCGUCUGCGUUCGGGGCUGCAGCACCAGCUUUCGGUGCCCCAGCUACGAGCGCGUUCGGGGCUCCGUCCACAUUGGGUGGUGGUGGGUUUGGCGGGACUGCGUUUGGGGCUGCACCCGCAACUGCGUCGUCGUUGACGUUCGGAAGCACUCCAUUCGGACAGCCUGCACCGGCCACAACUGGCGCAUUUGGUGCGCCAGCAGUGCCCACCGGUUUUGGUGGAUUUGGCGCAGCCGCGGCUCCGUCGACUGGGGCCGCGCUUGUUGGUACUGGUCCUCCUGCGAGCUACAAGCCGACAUCCGAGCAAGAAUCCGAAAAGGGCAAAGUCACCACAGUCCAUUUUCAGUCCAUUUCAAAAAUGCCCGAGUACCAACACAAGUCGGUGGAAGAGCUUCGAUGGGAGGACUACUUGAAGCGAACGGAUGCGGCAGCAGCCGCCGCCCAGGCGGCACUUGUGCCCAACACUGGUGCAGCAGCCCCCGCCACCAACAUGUUUGGCCAGCCAGCGGCGGCUCCAUCGGCGUUUGGCAAACCGCCGCUUGGCGGAGGUUUUGGCCAGGCCACCUCGGCGACCACGACCGGAGGGUUUGGAGGGUUUGGCACUGCCACAGCUGCGCCAGCGACGAAUGCUUUUGGGUUUGGAAGCACUGGGACCAGCGCGUUUGGCGCCACGACUUCGCCAGCCACGAACAACGCGUUUUCAUUUGGAAGCAAUACAGCCACGACCGGAACAGGUGGAUUUGGUGGUUUUGGCUCGACGCCGAACGCAUUUGGAUCGACCACAACCACCAACGCAUUUGGGUCGGCGCCAGCCGCAGGUGGAUUUGGCGGAUUUGGUAGCACGCCAGCUACCGCGCCAAGUGCGUUUGGCACCGCACAAGCCAACACAACCACUGGCGGGUUUGGUGGAUUCGGAGCCAAGCCCGCCACCACAACCAGUGCAUUUGGUACGACGACGACGGGUGGGUUUGGCUCAACAACAACUGGUGGUUUUGGAGGUUUUACUCCCGCCGCUGCACCUGCGGCCACGACGGGUGGUUUUGGCGGAUUUGGGUCGUCGACGGCCAGUGGAUUUGGCGCCGCGAAGCCAGCGACGACUUCUGCGUUUGGCACGUCCUUUGGCGCAGCGUCGUCCGCUCCGUCGGCGUUUGGAGGAUUUGGUACCUCCACGCAACCGCAGACAAAUAGUGCAUUUUCCCUCGGUACGUCGACGCAGCCCGGUGCAGCAUCUGCGUUUAGCUUUGGCAAACCUGCCACAACGACCACAAGCAUGUUUGGAUCGACUCCUACGACCACGUCUUCGUUUGGAUCGUUUGGUUCGGGGUCGACGGGAUCGGGUUUUGGAACGACGGCCGCCAACACUGCCACGAACGCCGGCCUCUUUGGCGGCACGUCCUUUGGUGGUGGCUUUGGGCUGUCCCAACCGGCCAACACUGCCACCCAACAGCAACAGCAGCAACCCACAACACUGUUUGCGGGCCAUGACACCAACCCUUACGGUGCCGGGUCGUUUGGUGCCGGGUUGAUUGAAAAGCAAAUCCAGACGACUCUGACGCUGCCCGUGCCGUCGUCUGGCGCGUCGCAGCCGUCUUCGUUGUUUUCAACGCCCAGCCAAGCUACGACUCGUUCCCGCGACGACCGACCUGUCAAGCCCAUUGCAACGGCUGCUGGCUUGCGCUUCCACACGGUCGCCGCGAAACCAUCCGUGUUGUCCGUGGACAAAUCGUCGGAAAACGCAUCGGUCACCAGCUUUGCCUCGUCCAAAUUCAAGAGCUUGGCGACCAAGCAGUUGACCAUCGCGACCCCGCCGCCGAAACUGCACCGCCCGACGGACAAACCCCAAGUGAUUCCUGAAGCAAUCACGCUGUCGUUUACGAUCGCGAAGCCCGACUCGACGACGCGCACCAUUCGAUGGACUGGGGACGCAGACACAACAUUUGACGCUGUCUGGCCCGUUGUCGCGAGCCAGGUGAAGCCGGCCAAGCUCGUUCGGUGGCGCCUCAGUGACGGCUCACGCCUCGAUCUCCACGCCACGGUCGGGUCCGUGGAUGCGUCGGCGCCCAUUGAAGUCGAUGUCGUCGACCCGGCGGACACAUCCUCGACUUCGGACGCGUCUGCGCCAUCGACGACGGGCUUAUCGUUUGACAGCUUUUACGAAAAGGAAAAGGAAAAAGAAGAAGCGUGCCGUGCGAUAAACCCGCUUGCGCCAGUGCUGACCAAGGAAGGGUACUACACCCUCCCCGACUACGCGUCGCUGUGCACGAUGUCGACGGCUGAACUGAAAGCAGUCGACCACUUUGUUGUGGGGUGCAAAGGCAUGGGAUGCGUGCAAUGGUAUGGCUCAACCGACGUAACGGGACUCAACUUGGACGAACUCGUCCUGUUUGCGCCGAAAGAAGUGAUUGUGUACCCCAACGAAGACGUCAAACACCCCCUUGGCGAAGGCCUCAACAAGCCGGCGCUGGUCGAGUUGCUGCACAUUUACCCUCCAUCCGAUCCGACCAGACGGGCGCAGUAUGUGAACCGCGUUAAGACGCGCACGGAUCACAUGGACGCGACGUUUGUCGACUACCAGCCCGAGGCUGGCGUGUGGAAGUUUAAGGUCGAGCACUUUAGUCGAUACGGCUUCGACGACGACGAGGCGCACGACAUCCCCCAAGCCACUGCCUCUGGUUCGAGCGCGCUGCAAACCAUGGCGUCCCAGCUCAAGUUGAAUCCGGCGCGCCUCCACCAACUCCACGCGCUGUAUUUGGCCAACCAGCCGCCCACUGAGGUGCCAUCGUCGUCCGAAGCCAAGGACAAACCGUCUAUUUUCGGGACUCUGGACUCAGCUUCGACCGAGGUGGUCAGCCAGACCCGGCUGACGGUCGUCGAGCCUGCAGCACCGACGCCGCCCGCGCCGUCGGUCCCAAAACGAUACGCCGUCCCCACGUUGACGUGUUCGACCAAGUCGACUUUAUUGGCACUGUGGAAUGGACCCAGCACAUCCACCAUGGACAUGGGCAUUUCGAUGGGGCGGUCUUUUCGCGGCGCGAGCUUUGGCCCGUCCGGCCAGUUGGUCGUCGUGACUCGCCACCGUCAAGUCCGAGUGCACCAGCAUCCACUCCCGAGUCCCGCCACCGCCGACUCGCUUCCGCUGCUGCAUGUCCACCAAGCCCUGUCGACGACGAACGCACACACCCACCACGUCGAGCUACCGACCAACAUGGCGGCGCACAUUCAUGAAUAUGCCGACAUGGCCGUGUCUGCGCUUCCGAUGUGGCAAUUGGUGCUGGCGUUGUUUGGUCUGGAGCAUCGUGAAGGCAGCACGACCCCCCACCCGUUGUCGCCGAGCCAGCGGGACGAGUUCAUCUCGCGGUGGUUUGAACUCGCGACGCGGCGGUCGAAAUCCGCGGCGGACAACACGGUGCUUCAAGCACUGCUCCAGCAUAACAUUGUGGACGCUGCCGAGCGCGCGAUGGCCCAAGGCAACUUUCGCCUCGCGAUGGUCGUGGCCCAGGCGCAGUCGUACGAAAGCAGUACGUUUCGCAUGCAACUGCAGGCCCAGUUGAGUCAGUGGGAAACGCAAUCGGCGUCCCGCCAUGUGGACAAGGAGCUGCUCGAGAUCUACAGCUUACUCGCCGGCAGCGUGGGGGUGGUGACGCAGCCCGCGACGGCCAACUCGUCGAUGGACUGGAUUCAAAUGCUGGCGCUCGUGCUGUGGUACCACGAAGGUCCGACGUCGCUGCCCCGAGCGCUGGCGGUGUACCAGUCGUACGUCCAGCAGGGGUGGUGCAAACCGGCCGUGAACGCCGCCAUGAAGCCCGACGUCCUCAUGGAACUGAUGCAGCUCUACUGCGACGUCAAGACGUCUCUCACGUCGGUGCUGUCGGCCCUUCCCGACGACAUUGCGUGGCACUUGAACGCAGUGUUGUGUGCAGUGCCAGGCCAAUCGCUUCGCUUGACCACCAAGGCCAACGCAGUGCUGACCCGCCACUACCUCAGCCAUCUUGUCGCCGAUCGAAACCUCCUUGCCCAAGCGCUGUACGUUGCCAUGACAAUGCCCGACGACGUCGAGCGCGAAGCCACCGCCAAAGCCAUCUUGCAACGCCACAUCACGGCCAGCACACCUCGGACUCCCCUCGAAGCGCUUGUUCCGUCCCCGUGGAUCGAAGACGCUCUGGCGCUGUAUGCCCUCGCGGAACAACAGUACGACGCCGCUGUCGAGCACUACCUUCGCGCAGGCGCGUGGACGGCAGCCCAUGACGUGCUCAUUCACCACGUGGUAUUCCCAGCGAUGAUUCACCAAGAUACCACGUGGGUCCACCUCGUGCUUGAGGCCCAUCUGGCGCCCCGCGCUCAAGACAUUGCGCAGUGGGCAGCGUACGGCAAUGUGGUCUUGACGUACUUGAAUCUGCGCCGCACCCGCGACAACGCGACCAUGGAAAGCGUCGUGGCGCUGUGCGAUCGUUUGCACCAGUGGCAAACCAAGCCGCUGCACGUCUUGAGCGACAACGCAAUCGAGGCGUCGGCCGUAGCCCGUGCGUGCUUGAGCAGCAUGCUUACGUACACAACGGAAGUCGCUGUAUUGCUUCAACCGUCCGGUCCGGGCUCGUCGAGUGCCCGCCACUGGUUUGACCGGCUGCAAACGUUUGUCCAGCCCGAUGCAUUUGGCGAAUCUUUCCGCGCCGCGCUCUUGGUUCGAGCAUGUGCUGCGUUUGAAUGACCCCGCGCGAGUCAACUCGACCUGUCAAGACCUGCUAGGUGGCCGCCGUUAAUAUAAUGCAAUCCUUUCCCGGUGACGCUAGCACGUCCCAAGCACACA